AUGAAGAUAUGUCUUCUAUCUCUACCUUAGCCUUUGACUCUGGUAGCAAUCUAAUAUAUGGGUUGGAUUGUCAUAUAUUUCUUCCUAGAGACGAUUUAUCGGUGGUGCGUUUAAAAAGGAAUAUCGAGGCGUCAGCAUCGUGGGGGUAAACCGGGUCCAUAAUGCCCCCUAUAAUCGGGGAAACUCUUCGUGUCUGGUUACUGUCCGCGUUGGUGGUACAUGGCGCGGUUGCCGGUAAUCCCGACGCAAAACGUCUUUAUGACGACCUUCUAUCUAAUUACAACAAAUUGGUACGUCCUGUAGUUAACACUUCGGAUGUCCUUCGCGUGUGCAUCAAGCUCAAACUCUCUCAGCUCAUCGAUGUGAACUUAAAAAAUCAAAUCAUGACUACCAAUCUUUGGGUGGAACAGUCAUGGUACGAUUACAAGCUACGAUGGGAGCCGAAGGAGUACGGAGGUGUACACAUGUUACACGUGCCUUCCGAUCAUAUUUGGCGGCCUGACAUAGUGCUUUACAAUAACGCGGACGGAAACUUCGAGGUGACCUUGGCCACCAAGGCCACAAUCUACCAUCAGGGAUUGGUCGAAUGGAAGCCACCGGCAAUAUAUAAAUCCUCCUGUGAAAUUGACGUCGAGUACUUCCCGUUCGACGAGCAGACCUGCGUUCUCAAGUUUGGUUCGUGGACCUAUGACGGCUUCAAGGUUGAUUUGAGGCACAUGGACGAGCAAACUGGCAGUAAUGUCGUCGAUGUUGGCGUUGAUUUAUCUGAAUUCUAUAUGUCAGUUGAAUGGGAUAUUCUCGAAGUGCCUGCCGUCAGAAAUGAAAAAUUCUACACGUGCUGCGAUGAACCAUAUCUUGAUAUAACGUUUAAUAUUACACUUCGAAGAAAAACUCUCUUCUACACUGUCAACAUAAUUAUACCAUGUAUGGGAAUUUCAUUUCUCACUGUACUCACAUUCUACCUACCAAGUGAUAGUGGCGAAAAAGUAACGUUAUCAAUAUCAAUCCUCAUCAGUCUUCACGUGUUCUUUUUACUGGUUGUCGAGAUUAUACCGCCAACUUCUCUGGUCGUACCACUACUCGGGAAGUACCUGAUAUUUGCUAUGAUACUUGUCUCCAUUAGUAUAUGUGUGACUGUGGUAGUCUUAAAUGUUCAUUUUCGUUCACCACAAACUCAUAAAAUGGCACCGUGGGUAAAACGAGUAUUUAUCCACAUUUUACCACGGUUACUAGUGAUGCGGAGGCCGCAAUAUAAGUUCGAGCCAAGUCGAUUUUCUUCUGGUCGAGUUCUCAUGAGAACAGUUAGAGGAAAAGAAAAAACUAGCUAUUAUCCUUAUCAUCCCUCGAGUCAAGAAGACAGUGAGGAACAUUUAACACCCAAGAGGUUUUCUAGUCGACAUGUUUCUAAAGAAGACCUCUCAUCGUCUAGAUUGGCAGAGCAAGCAAGAUUUGGAGGAAGUUGCCUGAUCCACGGCCCAGUACCCCCGCUUCCUUUGAACGCAGAGUGUGAAGAUUUAGCGGGUGUAGCUGGAAUUGAAGAAGUAAAGAGUCCAGUUCUACGAAAUGCUUCAACCUUUUCACAUUCAAGUUGUCCACCUGAAAUACACAGAUCCUGCAUCUGUGUACGUUUUAUUGCUGAACAUACAAAAAUGCUUGAAGACUCAACUAAGGUGAAAGAAGACUGGAAAUAUGUUGCGAUGGUAUUGGACAGAUUAUUUCUGUGGAUCUUCACUUUAGCUGUAUUAGUUGGAACAGCUGGAAUUAUUUUACAAGCACCAACUCUGUACGACGAUAGAGUUCCUAUUGAUAAGAAAUUCAGCGAAUAUGCCAAAGACACAGUUGUCAGGUGUCCUCCUCAAUAGUCCUUGCUCGUGAUUUUACAUCGUCGUCGUCUUUGUCAUCAACGUCGUCGUUG